AUGCCUAAAAAAGGGAGACUGAAGCUAGAUGAUGAAAGGAAAAUACAGAAGAACUUCAGGUUUUUACUGCAUGAGUUAGAGGCUAAGGAUAUCACAGAUGUGCUGUUUGAGGAAGACGUGAUAAGCGCUGAAGACAUGGCGGAAGUUGAGUCGGCGCCUAACAAAACAGAUCGAGCGAAAGCUCUGGUGCAGAAGUUACUCAACGCUGGACCUGGAGAGGCGUACUCACGUUUUAUAGAGUCACUUCAAGAUAAGUACUCACACGUGGUGGACAGACUGAAGGGACAGGGCUGCUCACGUUCUACAAGCCUGGAAGACGUAGAUUUUGAUUGCGAAGCCUCAAUCAGUUCACAAAUGACAAAUAUGCAGAUACGUGAAUCAAAACCACGAACCCAGACAAAAAAUUCAAAAUUCGCGGGGAAAUUAAGAGACAUCUUUUUAGCAUUUAUAAAACCAAACCAGGUUCUUCCGCAUUUUCAUACAUACAACUCAAAUGUUCUGACUGGGGAUGAUAUGGCGUACAUCACACAUAUAACAAAAGACAGAGGAGAUAGAGAUGGGUCUAUCUGUCUGCUGGAGAGGUUAAGUUUGUACGAUGGAUGGACGGACUGUCUACUCUCUGUGUUAAGAGACGAACAUGUCCAACUGAACAAUGUUGCUGAAUGGAUAAGGCAGCUUCUGUAUGAGCCUGUUAAAAGAGACUACAAAACUGAGACUGUCAAUAAGUUAGCUCCCAUUAUUGAAGCUUUUGUCAAGCCGCUAAACGUUCUGGAGUAUUUUCAUCAGUACAGCACAAGCGUGUUGACAGAUAAAGACUUGAAGGAGAUAAGGGAAGCUACCGUAUCUUCAGGUGACAAGGAAGGUGCUAAGUUCCUGUUAGACCGUCUGCUGCUACACGACGGAUGGUACCAGUGCCUGCUGUCUGUGUUGCAGGAUGGGAGGGUGGGGCUACAUCACGUGGCUACGUGGAUUAACCAGGUUAUGUAUGAUCCUAUUAAAGUGAAACCCACCUCAGACCUCUACAACAAAAAACUUUUAGCUAAGAUGGAGAUCAUGUUUCUGGCUUUCGUCAAGCCUUCAGUUUUUGUCAAUUGUAUACACAAGCACAACAAGAAUGUCCUGACACAGAAAGACAUUGUGAGUAUUGUUGUACCAUCUGUUGGGUUUUACAAAAUGCAUCUCUAA